CCCAGGUACGCGGACAAGAUGGCGGCAGCAGCGGUCGACAGCGCGAUGGAGGUGGUCCCGGCGUUGGCGGAGGAGGCCGCGCCCGAGGCUGCGGGCCUCAGCUGCCUCGUCAACCUGCCCGGCGAGGUGCUGGAGUACAUCCUGUGCAGCGGCUCGCUGACGGCCGCCGACAUCGGCCGCGUCUCCAGCACCUGCCGGCGGCUGCGCGAGCUGUGCCAGAGUAGCGGGAAGGUGUGGAAGGAGCAGUUCCGGGUGAGGUGGCCUUCCCUUAUGAAACACUACAGCCCCACCGACUACGUCAAUUGGUUGGAGGAGUAUAAAGUUCGGCAGAAAGCGGGGUUAGAAGCCCGGAAGAUUGUAGCCUCCUUCUCCAAGAGGUUCUUUUCAGAGCACGUCCCUUGUAACGGUUUCAGUGACAUAGAGAAUCUUGAGGGACCAGAGAUUUUUUUUGAGGAUGAACUGGUGUGUAUCCUGAAUAUGGAAGGAAGAAAAGCUCUGACCUGGAAAUACUACGCUAAAAAAAUUCUUUACUACCUACGACAACAGAAAAUUUUGAAUAACCUUAAGGCAUUUCUUCAGCAGCCUGAUGACUAUGAAUCGUAUCUCGAAGGUGCUGUGUAUAUUGACCAGUACUGCAAUCCUCUCUCUGACAUCAGCCUCCGAGACAUCCAGGCCCAGAUCGACGGCAUCGUGGAGCUGGUCUGCAAAGCCCUCCGGGGCAUAAACAGUCGCCACCCCAGCUUGGCCUUCAAGGCAGGUGAAUCCUCCAUGAUCAUGGAGAUAGAGCUCCAGAGCCAGGUGCUGGACGCCAUGAACUACGUCCUUUAUGACCAACUGAAGUUUAAGGGGAACCGGAUGGAUUACUACAAUGCCCUAAACUUGUACAUGCACCAGGUUUUGAUUCGCAGAACAGGAAUUCCCAUCAGCAUGUCUCUGCUCUACCUGACAAUUGCCCGCCAGCUGGGGGUCCCCCUGGAGCCUGUCAACUUCCCCAGUCACUUCUUGUUACGGUGGUGCCAAGGUGCAGAAGGGGCGACCCUGGACAUCUUUGACUACAUCUACAUAGACGCUUUUGGGAAAGGGAAGCAGCUGACGGUGAAGGAGUGUGAGUACCUGAUCGGCCAGCAUGUGACGGCGGCGCUGUACGGCGUGGUCAACGUGAAGAAGGUGUUGCAGCGAAUGGUGGGGAACCUGUUGAGCCUGGGAAAGCGGGAAGGCAUCGACCAGUCCUACCAGCUCCUGCGAGACUCGCUGGACCUCUACCUGGCGAUGUACCCGGACCAGGUGCAGCUCCUCCUCCUGCAGGCCAGGCUCUACUUCCACCUGGGCAUCUGGCCAGAGAAGUCUUUCUGUCUUGUCUUGAAGGUGCUUGACAUCCUCCAGCACAUUCAGACCCUCGACCCCGGGCAGCACGGGGCGGUGGGCUAUCUGGUGCAGCACACGCUAGAGCACAUCGAGCGCAAGAAGGAGGAGGUGGGUGUGGAGGUGAAGCUGCGCUCCCACGAGAAGCACAGGGACGUCUGCUACUCCAUCGGGCUCAUUAUGAAGCACAAGAGGUAUGGCUACAACUGUGUCAUCUAUGGCUGGGACCCCACCUGCAUGAUGGGACACGAAUGGAUCCGAAACAUGAACGUCCACAGCCUGCCUCACGGCCACCAUCAGCCUUUCUACAAUGUUCUGGUGGAGGAUGGUUCUUGUAGAUACGCAGCCCAAGAGAACUUGGAAUAUAACGUGGAGCCUCAAGAAAUCUCGCACCCCGAUGUGGGACGCUAUUUCUCGGAGUUCACCGGCACUCACUACAUCCCGAACGCAGAGCUAGAAAUCCGGUAUCCGGAGGAUCUGGAGUCUGUGUAUGAAACGGUGCAGAAUAUUUACAGCGCAAAGAAGGAGGACGUUGAGUAGCGUCCGGUAGAGGACACAGAGCCUCCUCUGCCGCCGCCGCGUCCCGGAGAACAGGAUUCCGGAAGAGGACGUCUCCACGGGUCUCUCUGGAUUCACCCCACCAGGAAAGCCACUUAGCCAGUAGCGCUGGCUGCCUCCUGCCAAGUUUAAAUGACGUGUGCUCUCCUCCGGCUGCAUAGACAAUGUCGCUCUCCGCCUACACUAGUGAUUCAUUUGACGGCACUGUGUUCAGUGGCAUGGCUUGUGUGCUUGUCCUGUGGUGACAGUUUGUGACCCUCUGUCUUCAUGACGCCUCGCAGUCAACAGAGUCAUCCUCCCCGCCCACUUCCCCUUAACGUCUGUCUACACUCGUCUCCGACUGUUUCAUUUGCCAGACUGCCGGGGCUCUGUGUUUGCACCGGCUCCUUUCCGGGGUCGCCGUGGAGCGCGGGCCCCUUCGCCCUUUCCGCUGGUCUUCAGCUGCGAGUGGUGGCGGCGGCGUCUGAGCAGCGGGGACAUUGACACACGGAUGGUGAUCGGAACCAUCCCGCUUGAUUUGUUCCGAUACGUGAAGCAGAUUCCAGCCGUCUUAACCCUUCCCUUGGAAGCGGGAGCGCGGCCGCGUCCUCCCGGCUCCUCCCAGGUCCCUGCUCCUCUCUCUGCGAAUCCCCAGUUUUCUGUCUCCGUAGUGAGAGCUUGUGAGAAAGUGCCCCAUGAUGGCCUCUAUGGGUGGGUUUUCCCACAUUCGCCUACUCUUCCUCCCUUUGAAAUAACUACUUUUUUCCUCCUUUAAUUUUAAAAAUUAUCCCAGUAUUAUAAAUAGAUCUUAAGUCGGUGAUGGGUUCUCUUUAUAUAGUAGGAAGUACAAUCUGGUGUUAAAACGUUUGCUUUUAGAAACCACACUCUGUAGUCUCCAAAGACCCAGAGAAGGUUUCACUUUUGUAGUCAGAAACAAAGAAAGAAUGAACCUUACACAUUUUUUAAGAAGGAAGGAGGAGGUCCCAUGUCCCCUGUCAUCCCUCAGAAUCACCCUUAGUUAGACCUGCCGGGUGUGGCGGGGUAGACGCCACUAAAACGUCUUUUCAUUUGAGGAGUGCUUGGUCCCUGGGCGAGGAGGCGGGGGCGCCCUGCUCCCGCGAGUCCCGCUGCCCCGGGGGUCCCCCUGGCCCCUGCUCCCCACCCGUGGCCCCUGCGCGUGAGGGCACAGGGCUGCGCUGCCCCGUGGCCGCCACGCUCCACCUGCCUCCACCUGCUGGUCCUCACUCGAGCUAGCUAAUUUGUAGUUAACCCGUAGGAGCUAACUUCUGGAGUUAGGACCUAGUGACAUUACCCUCGGAGUUGAAAAGAAUCCACUUGCUCUGAUGAGCGAGGAGGCUUCCCGGGCUGUGACCCGACCCUGCCUCGCCUGCCUUCUGUGCAUUUAUUUGCAUGUGGUUCCCCACGCCCUGUUUGAUGGCGGCCUCAGUACCCCCUUUGGAAGCCCUGGGGCGACCGAGGUUUGGGGCCACCAGAGACCACUUAGGAGUCCCUGAGGGCUGGUGAGCAGCUGUUAGAGAGACGAGGGUCUGGCCGGCCCCUGCCCGCCCGAGCUCGCUCUCGCCAGCCCGAUCCAGAGCCCCAUGGUGGCCUGGGAAUGUGACCACUCCCCGCACCCAGCCCGCCGAGGCCGGGGUCUGACACUACUCUGAUCUAAAGGUGAGAACUAGUUAAUCCAGAGGUAAUACUAACAGAAGCAUUACUAGGAAACUGUGGAGCAUGCUCAGUUAUCAUUGUUGGUUUUCUGGUUUGAUUUCCUUUUUUCUUAGAGUAACAUCAAAGCCAAGAAGGAUGGUUUUAUCUUUACUGACCCAAUGUAAAUAUGUAUCUAGACUGUUUCUAAAUGUGUUUCUUCAUGAAUGCUUCAUUUGGCUCCAGGAAGCCUGUGUCACCUGUGUAAGUUGGUAUUUGGGCACUUUAUAUUUUUCUAAAAACGUGUUUUGGAUCUCCUGUACUCUAAUAAAUCUUAAGUUUCUUUUUAAAAUUUUUUCCACAAGUUUUCUCCAUUUUAAGAAGUCCUGUUCUAACAAAGUGGGACUUUCACGAUGUUAAAAUACUAAAUAUUUGGAUAUAGUAACUUCUUUUCUCUUCAAAUGAAUGCCAAGAUUUUUUUGUACAAUGAUUAAUAAAUGGAACUUACCCAGAGAAACCACACACGUGGCCUGCCCGGUCUCGUUUCGGAACAGAAAGCCCGGCCCUGACGGCAACAGAUCAUCUCUGGCUUCUCUUCUGAUCCAAACACGCAAAACUUUGCUCUCCUGGAUUUUUUCUUAGCGUUGGUGAGUGAACAGGGUACCUUUAUUCUGUGGGCUCCUUGCCAAACAGCAGAUUUAUAAGCUGGCGGGGAACAUUGAGGGAACUGGUUGUAAGGCGAACAUUGCUCCUUUUUGCUGAUGUUAGAGGACUUAGUAGGAAGGGAGAAGGGCAGGAGCCCGGUGCGUUGUUAACGGGGCAACAGCUGCACAAGGUGCCGCGCGUCCACACCCCGCGGAGCACGCGGUGUCUGUGACGUCCCCGUGUGCCGCACGGAGAGCAGUGCCCUGGCCUGCACGGUCCCCGGCCUCCUGCACCGCGCUGGGCCUCCGACCUUCAACGCGCUGUCGUGCGGUGUGACUUUAUGAGAGGAGAGCGUACCGUGCCGUGUCUUCCUGCCUCUUAGACCCUAGAACUUUCCUCCGCCACACAUGCGCGCGCGCGCGCGCGCGCGCGCGCACACACACACACACACACAGCAUCCCCAAGGUCCAGUGUUUGCGGAUGUACUUUGGGAAACACUGUGCCCAAAACUAGUCUACCUUCUCAGGCUAGUUUGGCCUGAGAAGCAUCUCUCGUUUGAAAACUUGCAUCUAACCCGAUUUUGAAAGUCCGGCUUCGUGUUGUCUCCACCGCAAGUGCAUCCACACAGCAAAGUUGUUUUACCGCGGGAGCCAGCGUCCGUCCUGUUGCUAAGUCAGUUUUACAUCUUCUAAUUCCUACUUCAAGGCUUGUUCUCAUUUUAAAAUGUCUCUUUCUAAACACAUUGAGUCAAACGUUCACAUUCUAGGCUUUCUUCUACCACUAGAAGGAGAAAUACUUGUUUUCCUUUCUCCAGACUCCAAGUACAUAAAAUCUGACUACCAGCUCCUUUUUCAUUUGAAAAGAAUCCUGUGGCCAUAAUAGUCCAGAUGUAGCUCUUCAUGUAUUUCUGUUUGUUUUUUGGAGGAAAGGAGUGAAUGUUCACCUGGAUGAAAUGCAGAAUCGGGCCCUGUGACCGUUUCUUUCUGGAGACCUCAACAGUUGUAUUGCAUGUGUGAUUUUGUACUGCAAGCUUGCCUUGAGCCAGCACUGGCCGAAUCUGUAUUCUCCACAGCCGCCCUCGAAGGCAGGGCCAGGUAGUAACUUAUUUUUGCGGGCCUCAUAAGGUCACAUGUUCUUUGUUUUUUAAAAACGUAGAAGACCUUCUCGGCCCUGGGCUGGUCAGACCCGUGGGGCCCCCAGCAUCCCACCGCACAGACGGGGGCCCCGAGAUUGCUGGUGGGACAGCGGGCGGGAACCCGGGGUGUCUGACCUCCGAGCCCCAGCCCUGGACAACCACACUACCGCCAACUUUAGCAACUACCUCGCACUGGUUUUAUCCUUUGCAGCCACUUCUAAACGUUUCAGUUCUGAAAACUUAGCAAUCGUUGAGAGGAAAGGACAUUCCUUCGGUGACUCAAAUUCUGUGCAAUUAUAGAAUAAAUGUAUUAUGGCCAUUUAGCAAUGAUUGUAUUAGGGUAAUGCUAGUUCUGUAAUAAAUAGACCCAAAAAUAUACCGUGA